ACUCACGAAACUAAGCCCCCCGCUGCUGAGAAGGUUUUGAUUCAUUGAUUCUUACUCUUCUUCUCCCUGUCUCUCUAAUUUCUAAUCUCUUUCGUACGCGCAUAACUCUUGUUUGAUCUCGAUUCCUUAUCCGAGGAGGUUUUUGAUAGAUUCUGGUCGUUUCGGUUUUACGGAACUCGAUUGAUUCUUUUCCUUUCGUGUUGAUUUUGUUCUGUUUUACUGUUUCAUCUCCGAUUUAGGGUUUUGGUGUUGAAUGCGGCCGUUAUUUGGAUUAGAUUAACGUAGUUCAGGCUCAUUGUUCUGAGGAUUGAUUGAUUGAUUGAUUGAUUCGUUGAUCAUUCCGCGCUGAUUCCAUCGUUUGGUUUCAAUUUUGUAUGAAGUGAGUUUGACGUUGAAUUUGGCUUUGCGUACGGCGAUUUUGUUCGGGGUAAAUGCUUGGGUUGGUGUUGUAGGAGGAGAUGUUAUUCAGCAGGACGAAGAAAUUUGAGGCGCAUAACCUCAAACGAUGCAAGGCCGACGAAAUUGGUUUCUUAGAUCAUGAGGAAGAUGCUAAUUCCGUCAAUCCGAAGAAGCAGAAGUCGAAUGCUAACGGGUUUUGUGAUCAGAUAGCUGACGAUAAGGUUGUGAAUUCAUGUCGCGCUGGAGCUUCCUGUUAUGCCGCUCCGAUUGGAUUGGAGAAAGUCAAGCUUGAAGAUGAAUGCAGCUCUCCUCAGUUGAAAUCUUUUCCAGCUCGUCGCCACGCAGUUCCUUUGCGAUUCGCCGACUCAAUCAUGGAUUCGUGGAAAAAGAGUAGAUCACUGCCUGUUGACGAACGCGUUUCUUCUAGUUCAGAUGGUGGAGAAAAAGUAAUGUCAGGAAAGAUCAAUUCUAAACCAAUAAUUACUUAUUCUUCUCGGUCAUCGCUUUUGAAAAAGAAGUCUAUGAAUGCACUCAAUACCAAGGUUGAUGAGACAUGUGUUAGUUCUAGUGGUUUGGUUGUUCAUAAUCCAACAGCUUAUUGUUCACAUAGUACUGUACCAUCGGCUUGUGAUAGCAGUAGCUCGCCAUUGCUAGAAAGCGGUGCGUGUCCACCAACAGAUAAGAAAUUGGCAAACGGGAAGGCUAGGAAGGACUACUAUGGUUUAACAGACUUCCUUUUAGGCGAUAUCGUCUGGGCAAAGUCUGGGAAAAAAUAUCCAGCUUGGCCGGCCAUUAUAAUAGAUCCGAUAUCGGAAGCUCCUGAUGUAGUCCGAAGGGCUUGCAUUCCUAAUACUGUAUGUGUGAUGUAUUAUGGGUAUUCGAAGAACAAAAAGCAAAGGGACUAUGCCUGGGUGAAAGACGGAAUGAUGUUCCCCUUCUCUGAAUUUUCUGACAGAUUUCAGGGACAGACUCAGUUGUACGGCAGUAAAAUUAGCGACUUUCGGAUAGCAAUAGAGGAAGCUUUUUUAGCUGAAAAUGGUAUUUCUGGAACAUGUCUGGAGAAUGACCAGGAUGCUUGUUCUUUGCCAAAUCAUAACGAGGUUCAAGAGGAUGUAAAUAGCAAAGAACCACCAUCUUGUUACAGUUGUGGUUUGAUUAUUCCAUGUAAGACUACAAAGAAGAGGGACGGUCCAGAUGGUAAAGCCCAGUAUCUAUGUGAACUUUGCACUAAGCUACGGAAAUCAAAACAAUAUUGUGGAGUGUGCAAGAAAGUUUGGCAUCAUUCAGAUGGUGGAGACUGGAUAUGCUGUGAUGGUUGCAAAAUUUGGGUGCAUGCUGAGUGUGCAAAACUCUCCUCUGAACUUUUCAAGGAUCUGGAGAACAUUGAAUAUCAUUGUCCUGAAUGUAAAGGAAAAGGACAUACUACAUCACAACAACAAAUAAUGCAAAAACAGGAGUCUAAGUUAAGAUGCACUACAUCACAACCUAUAGCGCAAAAACAGGAGUCCAAGUUAAGAUCUACAAGAGAUAAGGCACAGCCUGUGCUGCCUGACAAGGUAUCUGUUGUCUGCAUGGACAUGGAAGGACUUUACUAUCCAACUCUUCAUUUAGUGGAAUGCAAGUGCGGUUCUUGUGGAACAAAGAAACAGACACUCAAUGAAUGGGAGAGGCAUACUGGUUCCAGAGCAAAAAAAUGGAAGGUCAGCAUUAAAGUGAAGGACACUAUGCUGCCACUAGAAAGAUGGCUUGUUGAGUAUAAUGCUAAUGGAUUUAAUCCGGUGAAGAUGGACAAGCAGCAGCUGCUCUCAUUCUUAGAAGAGAAACAUGAACCUGUUUAUGUCAAGUGGACCACAGAAAGGUGUGCUGUGUGCAGAUGGGUCGAAGACUGGGAUUAUAACAAAAUAAUAAUUUGCAACAGGUGUCAAAUAGCAGUGCAUCAAGAAUGCUAUGGAGCUAAAAAUGUUACAGACUUUACUUCAUGGGUAUGCAGAGCAUGUGAAACUCCAGAUAUUGAAAGAGAAUGUUGUCUCUGCCCUGUGAAAGGGGGCGCUCUAAAGCCAACUGAUGUUGAACCUUUGUGGGUUCAUGUCGCAUGUGCAUGGUUCAGACCUGAGGUUGCAUUCUUAGAUGCUGAACUUAUGGAGCCUGCUGUUGGGCUACUGAGAAUUCCGUCUUAUUCUUUUGUUAAGGCCUGUGUGAUAUGCAAUCAAACUCAUGGUUCCUGCACGCAAUGUUGCAAAUGCGCCACUUAUUUUCACACUCUGUGUGCAUUAAGAGCAGGAUAUAGAAUGGAGUUGCAUUGCACGGAGAAGGAGGGCAGUCAAACAACAAAAUGGAUAUCUUAUUGUGCAGUUCAUAGGGUUCCAGAUCCGGACAAUGUGCUUGUUAUGCAGACUCCAUCUGGGGUUUUUUCCAAUGGAAACGUGGUGCCAAACCGGAAUAAAGAACAAUACUUGAGGGGAUCAAGGCUAAUUUCAUCAAAGAAAGUAGACACCCCAAGUCUCCCUGAUGGUGAAGAUGAUCAGUCUGAACAAGUUGGUGCUGCAAUAUGUCAAAUAUACAGAAGGUCAACAAAUAAGAAGGCUCGAAAGGAAACAGUUUGCCAUCGACUGAUGGGGCCCAAAUGGCAUUCAUUGGAAGCUAUUGACAGUCUAAACAAAUUUGGGGAAGAGGAGAGCUCAAAAUCUUUUGUUACAUUGAAGGAACGUCUUAAGCACCUACGGACAACUGAAAAGUUUCGGAUUUGUUUCGGCCAUUCUGGCAUCCAUGGAUGGGGCCUCUUCGCACGUAGAGCCAUUCAAGAAGGAGAAAUGGUUAUUGAGUAUCGAGGUGAGCAAGUGAGGCCUAUUGUUGCAGAUUUGAGGGAAGCACGUUACCAUCUAGAAGGGAAAGAUUGUUAUCUUUUCAAGAUCGGUGAGGAUGUUGUGAUUGAUGCAACAAAUAAGGGGAACAUUGCUCGGUUAAUCAAUCACUGUUGCAUGCCUAAUUGUUAUGCAAGGAUAAUGAGUGUGGGUGAUGAAGAAAGUAGGAUCGUUCUUGUUGCAAAGUGCAAUAUACCUGCAGGUGCCGAGUUAACGUAUGAUUAUUUGUUCGACCCUGGUGAGAAAGAUGAAUCCAAAGUUCCAUGCCUGUGUGGGGCUUCAAACUGUAGGAUGUUCAUGAAUUAAUUCUUUCUGUAAAAAGCUUCUUUCUAACCCCAACCUCAACCUGUCCUCACCUUUAUUAUUAUACAAACCAAAUCAUUGAUACCUAAACUUGGAAUUUUUACAACAAACCUUUGAUAUUUUUUCAUAUAGUUGCAAAAAUUGUGUAAAUUGACAAUUUAAUAACUAUUUUUUUUUCUACUUUU